AUGCCCUUUCAUAUCCUACGAGAACUCGAAGCUCACCUCAAGGACGCUUCAUUCGGCGCGAAAGACACUGCCGUCUUCGUGAACACCAAUGAGGUUGUCGCCACUUCCAAUAAUCGCGACCUGCCCUUCGCAGCCGCAAUUGCAAAAUUUGGCUACUCCGUCGCCAUCAAAGCGAGGACCCAAGCAGUGGAAAUCGUUCUGUCGCAUCUUUUUGUGGCCCGUGAGCUUGGCCCUUGCGACAUCUCUACUCCUAUUGUGGAGUCCUUCGAUACCCUACACGAAGCUUUUGCAUAUGGGGCUGCCGUAGUGCGCGAGGACAAGGUGCUUGUCGUCUGGUCGGACAAGAAGGAGGACGUCGUAAAGGAAUUCCGCCACACGGAGCAUCGGCUACAGCACCGCACUGGACUAUGCACCUGUGGCGCCAUACCACGACGUCCCUUACUCGAUGUAGCAAAUUGCGGCGAACCAGUUGCUUCAUCGUCAGCGCACCCUGCAUCCGGCGUAUACGACGGAUUGUUCGACAUAGCGCUGCAGAAGCGUUUGUCAGACAAGACGCCGAGCCCUUCCAAGCUCGCAGUUUGCGAGUCGACGACAUACCCUGCGCUACCGUGGAGUGCACCUUCAAACAUCUCCGAACGUAUAAUGGGUGAGGACGAUCUAGAGAUCGUACCAAGCCGUACCUCAGGCAAGAAUCCCGCGCGGACCACACAUUCGUCCAAGCGGAAAAGGACUCACGUAGAGGCUCUCGGGGCCACUACUGUACCGCUUAGACAAUCUUCUACUCCCAACCCACGGCCUCUUGUGUCAAGCCGUCAAUUCGCCGGUCCCAAGAACCCGCAACGGAAAUCUACUGCCUCUCUGAGUAGCACAUCGGCGGGCGUCUUUUCCGGCCCACACGUGAUGGACAAGGAUCAAAUCACCGCGACACACAAUGAGGCCGCUCCUGACGAGGACGUGGAUUCUGAUAAUGGAAUCGAUGACAACGACGAGUACAUUGACGGCCCUACGACUCGGAAAAGGACAAAGCGUACGUGUCCUACCGGAAGGAUGUUAUCCUCGAAACCAGGCACUCCGGGGAAGGGCAAUCAGCAUGAGGUACCUCUUGCCGGAGUGUCACCACAGACAACGGAAGAAGGGUGGACCUCGCCCCCAAGGUUCACGGCAACUGAAAAAGGAAAGGGGCGUGCCGUCGACUCUCCCGACGAUGACGGUGGUGCUGAGCCUGGGCCAUCACCGCACAAGAGGAUGGAGCGCACACAGUCCACCAGGAAGGCAAAGCGGAAGGUGAACGACCACGAUAACGAUCCCUACGCAGACGCCGCGGACCAAAGGCGAUUAAAGAAGCAAAAACAGGCGUCAAUGACGUCUGCAUCAGGGAGCAUGACGCGCUACACAUGCACAUAUCCCGGCUGCCAAAAGACAUAUGGGCGCGAGAAGGACAUGGUGCGUCAUCGCAAGACCCAUGGUGCGCCGACCAACUUCUGCGAGUGGUGCGGGAAAGGCUUUGGUCGGGUCGACGUGCUGCGACGGCAUUGCAGAGAGAUACACGAGGAUCAUCAGGGAGAGCAGGAUGCAGCCGUUACUAAGGAUGGUGACGACGACAAAGUGGAUGAGAAGGAGGGGAGCAGCUGGGAGAAGAGUGAAGAAGACUCGCCCGAAGACCAAGACACCGACGGUUGGGAUGACGGCAAUUGA